AUGGCGAUGAUGUUCCAGCCAGUGGGACUGAACAAGGAUUAUGACAGCUCGCACUCCCAGCUGCAGAGGAAGGCUGGGGCUAGGACAGACACAGUGCUCGCCACGCAACGCCAUGGACCUGAGGGAAGGGAGCUAGUGGGACACCAGCUUGCUCCUGAGAUGAAGACCCUCCUGUGGGGCUGCACCUUGUGCGUGGUCCUUCGUGCGGUUACUGUCAUCGGGAGAUUGCAUCCGGAAUGUGAAAUUCUAACUGAGAUAAAGAGAGAUGAGGAGCAAUGUUUGCAAAGCAUUAAAGAGAACGGCAACGCUUCAGUCCAGGGUUGCCAGGCCGUAUGGGAUGGUGUGUUGUGCUGGCCCUACGCUGCUUAUGGACAGACUGUCAAUGUAUCCUGUCCAAGGAUCUUCUUACAGUUCCACCCAACUUUAGGCACAAUCACAAGAAACUGUACCAGUGCAGGAUGGUCCGUCCCAUCACCAGCAAACUUGACCACUUGUGUAAUGGACGCACCAGUACUGACAGCUGAGGCAUCGUACUAUGGAACAAUCCAGACCAUCUACACAGUGGGCUAUAGCCUGUCGCUGGCUGUACUGUCUGUCGCUGUCUUCAUCCUGUUAAUGUUUCGGAGGUUGCACUGCACCAGGAAUUAUAUCCACAUCCAGCUGUUUGCCACCUUUAUCCUUCGCAGCUUGUCGGUCUUCAUUAAGGAUGCCGUCCUCUUUGGCGAUGCCGAUAUUGACCACUGCACCUUUUCCACGGCCGGCUGUAAGAUUUCAGUGGUGUUCUGGUACUUUUGCAUGCUGACCAAUUACUUCUGGCUGCUGGUGGAGGCCCUGUACCUCAGCUCUCUGCUGGUGGUGCCCUUCUCCUACGGCAAAGGUUACUUCUGGUGGUGGAGCGUCCUGGGAUGGGGUGUUCCCACUGUGUGCACUGUUGCCUGGAUGAUUACAAAACUUCAAUUUGAAAAUACCGAGUGCUGGGAUGUUAUUGAAGGUUCUCCGUACUGGUGGAUAAUCAAAGGACCAAUUGUGGCGUCUAUUGCAAUCAACUUCGUGCUUUUCAUUAACAUCAUCCGGAUCCUGGUGCGGAAGGUGAUGCCGAGGGAGGUCCACACAGCUAUCUCCUCACAAUACAGGCGACUGACAAAGUCAACCCUGCUGCUGGUCCCUCUCUUUGGUGUACACUACAUCGUCUGUGCUUUCCCUCCUGACGGGGCCGUGCUAGCCAUUAGACUUUAUCUUGACCUCUGCAUCGGGUCAUUCCAGGGCUUUAUAGUUGGAGUGUUGUACUGCUUUAUGAACCAAGAAGUAGGCCUCAUGCGAGACGUACAAUAG